AUGAAAUAAUCAACUAAAUAAGAAAGAAGAGGAUCAUUUGAUUCUUAGCUUUCUAAUUCUAUAUUUAAAUCUAAUUUUAUUGCAUUAGAUGUAAAAAAAUAAAUAGAUGAUUAAAUCAUAAAUUAUUAAGGAGAUGAUGAAUUUGAGAUGUUAGAAAAAUGUAUAAUUUAUAUAUAAAUUAGAAUAAAAAAAUAUACCAAUACUUUUGUUUAAUAAUGAUUAAUUAAUUAAACUAAACAAAAAAUAGAAUUUUGGAGAUGAUCAAAAAUUAUAAUUAGCUGCUACAUUAAUAUAAUAAAGAGGGAUCAAAUAUUUGUAGUAAGAUAUCUAUUACUAUUUAGACGAAAAGCUAUUUGGAUGACAUUUAUAGAAAAAGGAGAUGCAAAAAAGUAUUUUUCUAAAUAACCUCCUUAAUAAGUGGAAUAAUAAAUAAAAAAAGAUAUUAAUAGAACUGGAUAUGAUGAUAAAAUGAAUAACAAUAAAUAUAUUAAUCUACUACAUAGAAUUCUAAGAGCAUAUGCAAUAUAUAAUCCAAAAAUAGGUUAUACAUAAGGAAUGAAUGUUAUUUGUGGAAAUAUUAUUCUCUUAUUAAGUAUUGAUGGAAAUGAUAGAGAGUUGGAAUUGGAUAAUUUUGAAGUAAUAGAAGAUGAAGAAGAAAUGUUUUGGAUGUUUGUUCAUUUAAUGAAAUCAAUGGAAGAUCUAUUUAUAUCAGGAGUACCUGGCAUUCAUAGAAGAAUUAAAUAAUUAGAAUAAAUGAUUUAAAAUAGAUGUAAUGAAAUACUAUUACAUUUGUAAAGUAAUAAUAUAGUAUGAAAAUGUUCAUUUAUAUAGGAUAACUUAUGUUAAUGUUUUAGUUAAUAUUAUUUUACAAUGUUAAUGUAAAAAUAAGAAAAGAAGUUUGCAAGAUUAAUAUUAGAAAUGUUUUUAUUAUAUGGAGAAGCCUUUAUCUAAAAUUUUAUAGUUGGAACAUUAUAAUUUUAUUAAUUUAAAAUAAUAAAAAUGAAUGAAUUAGAAAAAUUAAUGCCAUUUUUUAGAGAUACAAUGUUUUCUUCUUAUUAUUAAGAAUUAAAAAAAUUGAAAAAACAAAAUUUAAUUAUAUAACAUUUUUAAUAGAAUCAUUAUUUUGAUAAAGAUCCAUAUUUAGGUAUUACUUAAAUUGAAUCAAAUAUUGAAAAAUAAUAGAAAAGAAAAUUUAUUCCAGAAAAAAUAUUAAAUUUACUUACUAAAAAUUGGUUUGGAAAAAUCCUUGGUUAAUAAUGA